AUGACGCCUCCUGUGGAGAAACCCUCGCCCGGCGUCCGCCACCCGUCUCGCCUCCUGAGCAGCCGCCGCAGCGGAGGCGCUUGUGCAGAACUGCUGCCCCUCGGGACCCCUGCGGGCAGGAGCGGCCUUGCCACCGGCGCAGGAGGCGGCGGGCAGGCCGGCGGCUCCCCAGCCUUGCUGCAGGGCCGAGCGCCGCCCGGCAGGCCCUUCCGUGGGGACGGGAUGCUCGGCUGGAUGGAGCGCGUCGUGCCGCAGCCUCCGGGCGGCUCCCCGGCCCCCGCGGCUGCGGCCGUCCGCCCGCCGGCCGCCGAGCGAGCAGGAGAGGCCGGGCCGGAGCCCGCGCGGCAGCCGGGGCUCCCAGCCGGGGCUCAUCGGGAGGCGGAGGUCGGGCUGAUCUUUCCAGCACCGCGUGGCUGCUCCGCGUCUCGACCAGCAGGGGGAGGCCGGGGCGCUCCCAUCGCACGCUGCCGGACAUUCCCCCUGACUCUUCCUUCUUCCCUCCUGCAAACCGCCCAGCUCCCGGCGGGGAGCCCUGCCAGCCCUGCCAAAGCAGAAGGGGCAAACGAGGAGACCAGCGGAGCCGGGGAUCCCGUAUCCACCACUGAAAGCACUGCCCGGGGCGUCCUGGCCUGGCUGUCCCAGGGCCUUGAGAAGGUGAUCCCGCAGCCGGCGCAGAGCCCUUCCCGUGCCCUCACCCUGCAGGCUGCUGCGGCGAGCUUUGAGGCCAGCAUCGACAUCCCGGACCUGACAGAAGUGCAGAGCCUGAAGGCGGAAGCGGAAGAGGAAGAGGAGCUAGAGGUCAGCCUGGUGGAUCCGGAUGAAGAUGAGCCCUGCGACGUGCAGUCCAGCUCUGACAACAACCCAGAAGAGAUGCUUUCCAGUGGUGGCAGGAACGUGUUUGCUUGGCUGAGGGAAGGCUUUGGAAAAAUGAUGCCGCAACAGCCGGAGAGCCCGCAGAGGCCCGCGGACGGGACGCCGGAAGGGCCGGCGGCUGAGCAGGCCAACGCCAAAAGGGACCGCCAAGAAAUGCUUGAGGGGAGGGAGUUCCCGGGCAGCCCCCACAGCUCUUCUGAGACCAAAUGUGGCAGUGCUGCGGACGGCCAGCCUGGCUUCGGCAUCUCCCUCUUUCCCCGAACGCUCGGAGGCGACGGUGGCAGGCUGUUUGAGCGGCUCGUUCAGGGGCUGGAGAAAGCCAUGCCACAACCCGCGGCUCGGCCAAGACCAGAUGGGCAGGAGAGCCCGGAGGCAGGAGACCGGGGCGUUGGGCAAGAGCGGAGCAAAGGGGCUUAACGCCUCUGAAACAAAGGGGCCCUGAAGAUUUUCCCAGGCCAGGCGAGAGCGGGCCGAGUUGGCCGUGCGCGGUGACACGGGGAAGAAAAGGCUCCGCAGAUGCUCUUUUCUAGAAUGAAUAAAGCCCCCCCUUAAGCAGAA